AUGGAUUCAAAUGUGCUCGUUAGAAGAAGUUUCACAACCGGCUACUUUCGAAUAUACAAGAAGUAUUAUCUACAUAUAAUUGCCUUGAUAGGUUUCCUGAUUGUGGUCCAAAGCCGUACACAUGUUGUUUUCGCGACUGCAUCGAUAAUCUACCAAUAUUCGCCGAACUUACAUAACGGGAGUCAUAAUUAUACCUAUUUAAGGAAAUGUCCAUCGGAAAACUCACCCAAGCAUCUUUCUGUACAUCCAAAUCAACUAGUCAAUAUGAUAUCCAUAGUCUUACAGUCCAGUUCUUUGAUGUACUGUCCUGUUCCAAAAAUAGCAACAAAAACUCUGCUAAAUAUUAUACUAUAUGUGCAUGUGCGUGAUCUUAUUCAUCGCGUCGAGAAUAAUUGGACAAAUAAUGGAGUUGUCAUUCCGCAAUCGGAGAUGCCCAAGUCUGUUGCUGAGUUUCUUCACAUGUAUCUCAACAUUCUUCAGUUUGGUAAGAUCAAUACAUCGUCUUCAUCGAAACUCGUUAAUCCUUGGCGUCUUCGUUUCACAUUCUCAUUCCCUUAUUUUCGCCUGAACAAUCUUCCUAGUUUAGCAGAGAUAUUCACACCAUCUUUCAAUCGGGUUAUUUUCGUUCGUCAUCCUUUUGAACGUCUAGCAUCGGCUUACAAAGAGAGAAUUGCUACGCUUGCCAAGGAUAGGAUUGAACCCGAACCCGAAUACGACGCCAUGCGCAUAGAAAUUUGCCAACAACGCGUAGUGUCUCAAAGAGUUCGUUCAUUAAAACCAACACAAGAUUCAUGCAUGUAUACGGUGCCGUCAUUCGAAGACUUUCUUCGCUAUAUUCUUACCAUAACUCACAUACCUAAUGGAAUUGCUCGCAUGAACUACCACUGGCAACCGUAUUCCGUCCUCUGUCAAGUUUGUAAAUUUAAAUAUAAUUUCAUUGGUAAAUAUGAAAUGUUCAACGAUGAUUUAUCUCGAUUCCUCAAGCUUUACAAUAUAUCUAAUUGGAAUAUUGAGCGACGAAAUGGUGCAUCAGGUCUCUCUAAGCAGGAUUAUCAAGCUUAUUAUAACACACUGCCAGAUGAUCUUAUUUGCGAUCUGAUCAAAUUAUACAGUGAUGAUAUGCGUUUAUUUAAGUAUCGAAUUGAAGAUUACGUUAAUCGAACUACCUUAUUUCAAAAUUGUAAAUGGCUCACGCCAACCGUUUCUUAA